CUGCCACCUCUCCUUCCACGCCAUUCUCCUCUUUUAUUUCCUAAUCACUCGAUGCUAAAUCGUCUGCAACUUAUAAAGAACCAUCUCCAGCUGCCUUCUUCCACUUUACGCCUUUCUCAGACACGAAGUAUCCACGCAAUGGCUCCUACUUUCAAACUUCCCUCGGGUGCUGUCAUCCCUUAUCCUGCCUUCGGAACCGGAACUAAAUGGUACAAGCCCGGCGAUCCAACCAUCAACCGCGCCGUCGUCGACGCAAUUGUCUCGGCGCUCAAGCUCGGAUACCGACACAUCGAUGCCGCGCAGACCUACGGAACUGAGGGCGAGGUCGGCGUCGCUAUCAAGGAGAGCGGAAUCCCCCGCGAAGAGAUCUUCAUUACCACAAAGGUCUACCAGAACGUCGGCGACCCCAAGAAGGCGCUCGAGGAGUCGCUGAAGCUCCUGCAGAUCGACUAUGUCGACCUUUACCUUCUCCACCACCCGUUCAUCACCGAGGAGAAGUACGGAAUUACGCUCGAGAAGGCGUGGGAAACGCUUAUUGAGCUCAAGGCCGCCGGUCUCACCAAAGACAUUGGUGUCUCCAACUGGGCGGUCGGAGACCUCGAGCGAGUCGAGGGAGCAAAGGAAUACCCUGCCGUCAACCAGAUCGAGUUCAACCCCUACCUGCAGAACCAGACCCCGGGGAUUGUCGAGUACAGCCAGAAGAAGGGUCUCAUUGUCGAGGCCUUCACGCCUCUUGUGUCUUUGACCGAGAAGGGCGGCCCUGUUGACGAGGUCGUCGACAAGCUUGCGACCAAGUACGGCAAGGACGCCGGCCAGAUCAUUCUCAAGUGGGUUCUGGCGCGCAAUGUUUUGCCAAUCACCACCUCGGCCAAGCCGGAGAGACAGCUGAGCAACUUCAGCCUGGAUGGAUUCGAGCUCACGCCUGAGGAGGUUGAGGCCAUCAAUGUUGCCGGUAGCAAGAAGCAUGUGCGCAAGUACUGGACGGCCGAGUACGGACACAUUACUGCUUAAGUCAUUGUCAUUGUGUUGUUGUCUUGCAGAGCCUGAAGACUACUGAAGCCGUUACGAUGGGUUAUUUAGUGCUCAUGCUUAUGUCCACGAUAUUCAACAAUAACAUUAGCUAAUUAUAAAGCUCAAUUGCUCUAUUAAAUUCACUUAGAUCGCGCCGACUCAUAGACUAGAAUACCGUCGCUCGAACUAAUACGCACGUGCGGCUGAUAGCUAAUGCCUGACUAAGCUAAUCAAU